AUGAGCACCAAAAACUCACCAAACUCCAAAAUGCCUUUAAUAGAAGCUCGAUCACUCGUCGCGUCGUUCUCUCGCGCCCUCACAUCGUUCCAAUCAUCGCAAGACUCAUUCCGCAUCCUCUGCACUCUACCCCACACUUCCAAUGUCCCCGCGCCGCGCCGACCAACCCGCCCACUACAGAAUCUUGUGAUUCUUGACUCAAGCUUCAAUCCACCAACGUUAGCGCACGCAAGCAUGGCACGCUCUGCGUUGAGGUUGGAAGGGGAGAAGAGGCUUAUGUUACUGUUGUCGGUGAACAAUGCUGAUAAGGCGCCGAAGCCGGCGAGUUUUCCUAUCAGAUUGAGUAUGAUGGAGGCGAUGGGACGGGAACUGCUUGAUGAGGGUGUAGAGAUCGAUGUCGCUGUUACGACGAUGCCUUUCUUUCAUGAUAAGGCGAAAGCCAUAUCAGAAUCGGGGUUUUAUGCUACACAAGACGGAGGUCAACCGAUACAGACCUUCCUCGCAGGGUUUGACACGAUAGUCCGCAUUUUCAAUCCAAAGUACUACAACGAGGGCAUCCAAAGCGCGCUGAGGCCGUUCUUCGAUAAGUGCAAGUUGAGAGUCACGACAAGGCCGGAUGAGACGUGGGGAGGGGUCGAUGAGCAGAGGGCGUGGUUGACGAAGGAGAGGGUGAGGGAUGUUGGAGGUGAUGAAGCUUGGGUUGAGAGGGUGGAAAUGGUUGAGGGAAGGGAAGGCGAUGGUGAUGUGAGUAGCUCGCGGGUGAGAGAAGUUGUGAAGAGUGGUGAGGGGAGUUUGGAUGGGCUGGUUGGGGAGGAGGUUAGAGGGUGGAUUGAGAGGGAGGCUUUGUACAGAGAUCACGAAGCGAGUUUGUAG